GAACUACGAUGGACAUCUCGGUUCUGCCCAACAACAACCACCCUGAAAAGUUAUUUCAGCUGGACGUGGGGAUGCUGCCGGUCACCCACGGAAUGUUCCAGGUCGAGGCAGCUCUGUCGGGGCAGAGGCAGUGGAGUAACCAGGUUUAUCAACAGAGGGAACGUAGGACUGUGAGUGACAAUAGGCCUUCCCCGUCCCCUGAGGGCAGCCCUGUGGUGUUUGUAGACAGAUACCUGGAGAAGCACAUCACGCCGCACACCUUGAAUUCCAAGAUCAAGAGGAACCCUCUGUACACAGACAUAAGGACUAUAGACAUGGGGGAGAACCAGAAGUCCAAACCCUCCUGGACCAUCCAGGAGUUUGACAGACACUCAAUCCACUCCAACCUGGCAGGCUAUCUAAAGGAAGAAGAAAAAGGACCACGGGAUCUAGAUUUUUGGUUGGAGGAUCUCUACACACCUGGUUACGACUCCUUGUUAAAGAAGAAAGAAGCGCAGAUGAAAAGGAACAGACUUUGCAAAAUACUGACCUACGUCGUUCUGUCAGUGUGCGUCAUCAUUAUCAUCAUCACAGUGCCAAUCGUAGUGAUCAGAAAUGCAAAGAAACCGUGACUGAUUUGUAGAAUCAUGCCAGGGUGGGUCAAAUUCUUUCAAAAGGUUUAGGAUGUCUCAUCAUUCACUAUAACAUGUACAUUAGGCUAUAUGUGUUUGAAACACGUUGCGUAUUUGGGACUAUUGUGGCAUAUUGUUCAUACUCUCACAUUUAUGAAAGAAGACACUUGAGCUGUCAUGAUUCACAAGUGCUUAUUUAAGCAAUAAGGCCCGAGGGGGUGUGG